AUGAAACAUACAAAAAUAACCAAAUAUUUGACAAUUAAUUUUUUUAUCCUACUAACUUUAGUUUUUCAAAAAUAUUCAAGUUGUCAAAAUUCGUUGAAUUAUAGUAAAAAUAACUAUGGAUUAAAUGACCAAGAGCUCCGAGCAAUGCUAUUUGGUCUUAAUUAUGAUCCAUCUAAAAGGAAUAAAAAUAAUAAAGUAAAUAGAGAUGUUAUAAAAAAUGAAUCAUCAUUAUUAUUACGUAAUCUUAUCAAUGAAGAAACUCUAAGUGAAAAAAAUGACAAAGUUGUAAAUGAUAUUAAAAAUAUGAAUAAUAGCACAGAGAAAAAAAUAAAUAGUAUAUCAAAAGGAAAUAAUAAUAUACAUAAUAUAAAUGAAAAUCAAAAUGCAAAUGUUGAAUUAAAAACUGAUAAUAUACUAGAUAAUACAUCAGAACAAGACGAUAUAAACGAAAAAAAUAAUGACAAUGGUGAUAUGGUUCAUAAAAAUAUUUAUAAUAAUAUACUUAGUGAUCCUUAUGAUAUUAAUAGCACCAAUGCAUACAUUAAUAAAAGUGACAUAACUAAUUUAAAUUAUUCUUCAAAUGAUGUUAUAAAUAAUGAUAAAGUCAAUAAAUCUUAUGAAGAAAAAAAUAUUGUUAAUAAUACAGAGUUAAAUAAAUUAAUAGAAUCCGACGACCAUUCAAAUAAAAACGAUAUUAAUAAAAAAACAGAAAAAAAUAAAACCUUUAAUUCAUCAUCUACCUCAGAUGAAAAAAAGCAAACAGAUAUAAAAGGACAAAAUAAAAAUGAUUUAAAUAAUGAACAUAUUUUUAAUAACAAUGAUAUUAAUAAUAAUGUACAAUAUAAAAAUAAAGUAAAUAUCAUAUCUGUAGACAAAAAUAAUACAGAUAGAGAUAAUAACAAUUUAUAUGAAACAAAUAACGGUGAUUUAAAAUAUAAUAAUGAUUUAAUUAAGGAAGGGGAAAAUAAAAGAAAUAAUAAAUUAAAUAAUUAUAAAUUUAAUAUGAAUAAAGUAAAUGAUAAUAAAAACUUUAAUAAGUAUACAGAAAUAUAUAAUAAGGAAUCAGAACCAGAAAAACAAAAUAAUAGUAACAAUAACUUAGGAAUACCUACAUUGAUAAAGAAAGAGGUGCAUAUUAAAAAUCACAAUACAUUUUCAUCUAAUGGAAAGAUCUUAGAAAACAAAGACAUUGAUAAAAUGUCUGAUACAUCAAAAAAAAAUGAUAGAAAUUUUAGAUCAAAUGAUAUUAAAAAUUUUAAGAAUAAUGAUACAAAAAAUAAUGCAACAUUAUCAGAGGAUAAUAAAAACAGAUAUAACAUUACAACGAAUAAAAACAAUGAAAAAAAAGAAUACAAUAUGAAGAAAUCAAAUGAAAAUGAAUAUGCUUUUAAUACAGAAAAAACAAAUGUAAAUAAUGACGCAUUGAAAGAAGAAAGAAAUAACUACAAAUAUUUGAAUAAUCAAACAGAUGUAAAUAUCAAUAAUUUACAAGAAAGAGAUAUAAAUUUAUACAACAAAAAUGAAUCAGAUAAAAAAUUGGAGCAAUCGUUUAGGGAAGAAGACAUUAAAAAUGCAUAUUUACCUGAAAAUAAAAAUUUUCAAAAGACAUUAACAAAUAACGAAAAAAAUGAAGAUAAUAAAAUACCUCAUAUUGAUCCUUCUAAUAAUGAAUUAGAUAAAAAAGGAAAUUACAAUAAAUAUGAAAUCGGAAAAAUAAAAAAAAAUAACGAAGAAAAUAAGCAGAAUGUUACAGUAGAGGAAAAUAUAAACCCUGAAAAAAUAAGGAAAGAUCAUGAACAAAAUAUUCAAUAUUCCAAAAAUGAUCCAAUAACGGAUAUUCAAAAUUCUACAAAUGCUGUAUUAAAAAAAAUAAAACCAACAGAAUUUGAAAACUAUACAAAGGAAGAAUUACAAAAUGUUUCAUCUUCAGAAGUAAGAGAUGAUAAUUUAAAUGAAAUAAACAGAAAGGGUGAAACAAAUAUGUUUUCAGAAAAAUCGACUUUAAAAAAAGGGGAAAAUGAUUGGAAUGAAUAUGAAUAUUUUAAAUUGAAAAGUAAUGAAUUAAAAGUUUUAGGAAUAAUAAAUAAAUAUUCACCAAAAGGAGGUUUUUCUAUUUCUGUUAAUUGUGGAGGAUAUGAUGAUUUUCGUGAAAUCCCAGGAAUUUCUAAUCUAUUAAGACAUGCUAUUUUUUACAAAUCUGAAAAAAGAAUUACAACAUUAUUAAGUGAAUUAGGAAAAUAUUCAUCAGAAAAUAAUAGUCGCAUAGGUGAAUCUUUUACAACCUAUUAUGCUAUUGGUAAAUCUGAAAAUAUAUAUAAUAUACUAACAUUAUUUUCACAAAACUUAUUUUAUCCAUUGUUUGAUGAAGACUUUAUAGAAAAUGAAGUGAGAGAAAUAAAUAAUAAAUAUAUUUCUAUGGAAAAUAAUUCUUUAAAUUGUUUAAAAAUUAUUAGUCAAUUUAUAACAGAUUUAAAGUAUUCAAAAUUUUUUUUUCAUGGUAAUUAUAUUACAUUGUGUAAUAAUGUAUUAAAAAAUGGUCUCAACAUAAAAAAACUCUUGUAUAAUUUCCACAAAAAAUGUUAUCAACCUAAAAAUAUGGCACUUACUAUAUUAUUAGGGAAAAAAGGAAAUUCUCAUGAUAAUUAUAACAUGAAUGAUAUAGAAAAUUUUGUCAUAGACAUUUUUGAAAAAAUUAAAAAUUACGAUUAUGUGAACGAAAGUAAUAAUAAAAGACAAAAAGAAAAACAUAUUGUAAACUUCAAAGAUGACACAUUUAAUAUUGAAAAAAAAAGUAAUUAUAAGGAUAGCAGAUUGGUCCAUAAUGUUACACAAAAUAAUUCUAAGGAUAAGGAAGAAAAAAUAAAAUUUAUUGAACAUAUAAAUGAAUUUAAUAAUUAUGUACUUGAUUUAAACCAAAAGGGUCGAUAUAUUGAAGUAUUAAAAAAAGAGGGAUGGAGGGAUCAGAUUUAUCUAUAUUGGAGCUCUAAAAUUAGUAUUGAUUUAUAUAAGAAAAUUGAAGAAUAUGGAUCUAUAACCUUUAUACAUGAUAUACUUUUAGAUUUAAGAAAAAAUGGUUUAUAUGAUAAAAUAUGUGUAGAAAAUCAAUAUGCAUAUGAUUUAAAAAUAAUAAGUUCGUGUAAUAAAUAUUAUGUAAAUUAUGGAAUAUUAAUGAAUUUGACCAAGAAAGGGAAAAAGGACUUACGUCAUUUAAUGCAUAUAAUCAAUGUAUUUAUUAAAGAAAUUAGUAAAUUAUUUGAUCAUGAUAGUUUAAAUAAGGGUAUAAAUAAAUAUAUUCUUGACUAUUAUAGAGAAAAGGCAUUAAUAACUGAUGUUAAUUACAAUAAUGAUAAUAAAUAUAUUGAACUUAAUGAUUUAAUAAAUUACUCUAAUAUAUUAUUAGAUCAUUCUGAUGAUUCUUCUUUAAUUUUAAGUAUUAACAAUUUGAUUGAAGAUAAGAAUAAGAAUGAUUUUAGAAAUCACAUUAAAAUAACAAGUUUAUUGGGUUCUCUAAUGAAAAAUGAAAAUACAAAUAUAAUAAAUGUAGUGGACACAUUUAGCAUAAGAAAUCAAAGUAAGAUUCCUUAUAGCAAUGUAACAUAUGUUAUAGGAGAAAAUCCAUAUAUGGUUAAUGAAGGUAAUAUAGUAAACGACAUAAAUCUGAUACUUCCCGAAAUAAAGAUAUGUCCCUUUAAUAGUUUGGUUAAUAAUAAAAUUUUGUUUAAUGAAAAAUCGUUUUUCUGUGUUCCAUAUAAUAGUAGUGAGAAUUUUGAAUAUUCAGAAAGUGAGGAAAAGUUUAUAUCUGAGGAAAAUAAGCAUAUAUUCAAGUCAAAUAUCUUGUAUAAUAUACCUUGUUUAAUUAAAUCUUCUUAUGGUUAUAAUAUUUAUUUUAAAAGGGGUCUAACACAUAUAUCCAAGGUAAAAACUGAUUUCAUUUUUUAUUUUCCCUCUGAAAAAUUUACAUUUUAUGAAUCUGUUUUUACCCGUAUACAUAUUAUUAUUUUGCAAAAGAAAAUAGAGCGUUUUCUUUCUGAUUACACUACUUGUUCAGUGAAUGCGAAUAUUAUGCAUGAUGCAAUAUCAUAUACAUUAAGCAUAGAAUCAAAUGGUUAUUUUUUUGAAGAGUUUUUUAACAAGAUACAGGAAUUGUUAUCAUUAAAAGAAAUUCCUUCUCGUGAUGAAUAUAAUGAAGCUUAUGAUGAACUAAAUAUAAUUAUACAAACAGAUACAACCUCUGGAGUAGAUAAGUCUUUAAAAAUUAUGUAUUCGUUAUUUAACAAAUAUACUCCAACUAAUAAAGAAAUGUAUGAUAUUUUGAAUGCAUAUUUUUUUUAUCCAUCAUAUAAUGCUUAUAGAACAUAUGUAAAUGAAUAUUUUCUUAGAAAUUAUGUUGUCAUUUUUAUAUAUGGAAAUAUUAUCAUAUCAGAUUUAAAAGGUGAAGAAAAUAUUACCAAAAAUAAUAAUAACAUUUUUGAUAAUAAGAAAAGUAUGAACUAUAAUGAAGGUGAUGCAACUGAUAAAAAUAAUAACAGCAAUAAUAACAAUGUUGAAAGUGCUAAUGAUAGCACCAAUUAUUAUAUAUAUAAUGAAAAUAAUUCUUCCAAUAGAGAUACAAAUAAGUACACUGACAAUGAUUAUAAUAAUAAUAAUAAUAAUAAUAAUAAUAAUAAGGAUGGUGAUAAAUAUUUAAUAAAUGAAAAAAUUUAUGAAGGAGAAGAAAAUAAAAAGAAUCCUACUACUUAUUUAAAGAAACAGGAACAGUUUUUGGAAAAACAAGAAAAUAAUAAUAAGGAAGAAGAAAAUAAAUCAAAAUCACUUCAAAUAUCUUAUAAUGGAUCAGGAAUUGAAUAUUUAGUAAAAUUAUGCGAAUCUUUUAUAAGCAAAGUAACAAAUAAGGUUAUAAAAAAAAGUGAAUCUACAUAUUAUACAAAGAAAUUAAUUAAUGAUGAAGAUAUUGAAAUAGAUAUGCAUGACCCUGGACAAGAUUUAAGUAAUUCAAUAACAGUAUCAUAUAUAAUAGAUUCAGAAACUUUGUUGAAUAAUGUUUUAAUAAACAUUAUAGUUGAUUUAAUUUCAUCUGAUUUUAUUAAAUUUGUUAAAAUAAAAUAUAAUGAUGGUUAUGUUGUUGAGGUAAGAACUUUUUUUACAUAUAAUGGAUUAGGUGGAUUACUUUUUAUAAUUCAGAGUUUUGAUAAAGAUGUAGAACAGCUUGAAUCAGAUAUAUGUACAUUUGUUAAAUAUAUUACAUUUCAAUUAUUAAAUAUUGAUAUAUCAGAUUUGAAGAAGCAGUUGCAAAAUAUGAAAGAACAUUAUAUAAUGAAUAAUACUAUAUUCACAUUUAAUCAAGAAUAUUCAUCUAUAUUAGAUGAAUUAAUUACAGGACAUGAAUGUUUUGACAAAAAAUAUAAAAUUGUACAAAUAUUUGAUGAAUUAAUUAAUUGUCCUAACAUUAUUCUAAAUAAGAUAAAUUAUAUUUUAAGGAAAUCAAAAAAAAAUAUAUUUAAAGAAUAUAAAAAAACAAACAUAGUUAAUAUACAAAGUAGUAAUAAAGAUGGAACAAAAGGUCAUGAUUAUUUACACUUAAAUGAAAAGUGCAAUUAUUCAUAUAGGAAAAAUAUGAAAAUGUCUAAUAUACAAUUUUCGGAUAAUUCAGAAUUAUUUAUUAAAAAACAAAGAAAAAAGAAAUAUAAAUAUAUUCCAAGUAAUGGAACAACACAAUCAAAUAAUAUAUAUAAAAAGGAACACCUAUUUAAUUUCUCAAAUUUUGUUGAAAUUAAAGAAAAGGGAUUUUUUAAAUAUAUUAUUAGCUACUUUAGGAAAAAUAAUAGGAAAUAUUUGAAUGAUGAUAAUUAUUUAGAUUUCGAAAGCUGCGACGAAGAAAUGUCGAAAGACAACUUUCAAAUAUUUUACAACUUCACAAAUGAUAUAAAUAAAAUUAGAGAAUAUUUUCGUGGGAAGUUUACUAAUGAUAAGGAGGUAAAAGAAAAUUGUUCUAUCAAUUAUGAAGAAAUUAGAAAAUAUUGUUAUGAUCAUAAUAUCAAUAAAGAUAACAUGAUAAGAACAAAAAUAGAGAUAUGA